AUGUUUCGUCUGGAGCCAACAGUAGUUUAUUUUCCAGACACAUUUAUAACUUCCGAGUCCACAUUUGCUGUAGAUAUUAUUAAUGAUAGCUCAGAGAAAACAGACUACAAAUGGAGUGUUUAUGAAUCUGCAUCUGCCGAAAAUCAAUCAAUGGCUGUUGGAGAUAUCUUAGAUUUGAAUGAAAGAAACAGUAAGCAAGAUAUUAAGCAAUUCAACAAUGCAAUAUUUCAACCAGUUCAAAAUUCAGGCGAAAUUUGGCCAAAACGUAAAACAACUGCAACAAUUACAUUCCAUCCUGCUGAAGCACGUCAAUAUGUACAAAAUCUUUAUCUAGAUUUCGGUGAAAAUCACAAAAGAGUUCCGAUUGAAUUACGUGGCACGGGAUUACCACCAGAAGCAUCUUUUGAUGUUAGUACUAUCAGUGUUGGUCAUAUUCCUCUCGAUACAGUGCAGGAAUACAAAGUGAACCUUAUUAAUUUAGGCAGUGUUGAUGUAGAUUUUAAAUACGAGCCAAAUCAAGAAUCAUCACUUAAAUUUACAUUCUCUCCAUCAGAAGGAAAGCUAAAAGUUGGAGAAAAGAUUCCAAUAACUCUUACAAUGGCAGCAAAUCAAGUUGGUAAUUUUAACGAAACAUUUACUUUCAAAAUCAAAGGUGCAUUGAAAACUCAUCCAACUUUACUUGUAUAUGGAAGAGUUGAUGGCCCUGUCUACACAAUUUCUUCGAAAAAUCUUAAUUUUGGUGACGUAAGUUAUGGAUUUUUAUACUCAAAGUCAUUUACAAUCGAAAACAAAACAAACAUACCAUUCGAUUAUCGCCUUCAUUUCGAGCAAAACACUACUUUUGCGCCAAGAGAAUUCAGUGUAAAACCGGAUACAGGCACUGUAGACAAAUUUGCAACUAAAACUAUUACUGUUGAAAUGAUUCCGAACUCAAUACAAAACUACGAAGUCAAAUUAUGGAUUGAUAUCCACGAAUUCCAGAAAAAUGUCGAAAAAAUCAAGAUAUACGCGAACUGUAUCAGUCCAACCGUAGUCAUACCACAACCAGUAAUCAAAUGCGAAAAUGUCUUUAUCAACUAUCCAUACGAAAAAACGUUUACUUUCGAAAAUACUUCAGCAUUACCUGCAAAAUACGAGAUUCUAGUAGAAGACCAAGGAAAAUCAGCACCUGCAAAGGUCGAAAUUGCCAAGAACCAAGGAGUUAUUGAACCAAAUUCCAAAUUAGACACUCAAUUCACAAUUACACCAUUAAUUCUCGGACCAAUUACAAUUCCAUGCUAUUUAAAGAUUGAUUCUAAUACUGGAAUUGUUAUUCCGUGGUCAAUAAGUGCUGUUUCCAUUGGUCCAACUGUUGAUAUUUCACAUAAACAUAUUAAUUUCGGAACGAUUCCUGUUCUUCAGAACAAAUCGAUACCAUUAUUACUUACAAACACAUCUCUUAUCCCUGUUGAUUACUCAAUCACUAUUGAAUCAGAGAAUACUGCAUUCAACGUCCAACAGAAGGAAGGAACGAUUCCUCCAUUAGAAAAAUCUCAAAUUCCUAUCAUUGCAAACCUCGAUGAUACAUUAACAUUCAAUGGAAAACUUGUUUUGAACAUUCAAUACUUAAAUCCAAUAACAAUUCCACUUGCUGCAACAGGAUCGGGUACUCCAAUGUAUUCAUCAAUUCCUAUGGACACAAUUGAUUUCGGAAGUAUCUUAAAUGAGAGAGUUUCAACGGUGAAGUUCACUCUUACAAAUAAAGGGAGAAGAACACAAGAAUUGAGGUGGUCUUACGGGCGUAUAAAAGUUCCUGAAGCGGUCCAGAAGACAUUCAAACUUGUCAUCAAUCCAGAAGUCUACACAAUAGAAUCGCAUGAUACAAUAGAAUACACAAUACAAGUAUUUUGUCCUUCAGCUGUUACUUUUACUGCUGAAUUGAUUUGCAAUGCAACAAUUGGCCGACAAAGAGUUGAAUUAUUCCAUCCAACAAUAAAAGGAUCCAUAUUCAAACCGAACUUGAAUUUCUCCACAAAACAAAUAGAAUUCGAAUACAUACACAACUACAAGAAAGAAGAAGAAAUCAUCAUGAAUUCUACAGAAAAUUUGACACAGCCAUCAUUUGAUUUGAUGCCUGUCCAAGAAACAACAUUCGAUGUAGUAAAUAUUAAUCCAAUACCUGUAGAUCUAGUAAUUCAAACUCAAGAGCCAUUUACGACUGAUGUCACUUCACUUCACCUGGACACAAAUCAACAAAGAACGAUUGUUGUCACAUUUAAUGCUCCUUUCAAGACAGAUUUCUUUUCUGAGUCAAUAACAAGGAAAAUCAAUUUUUCUGUUGUCGAUCAUCCAGCCAAAAUUUCCUUGAAUGCUAAAUGCAAUUAUAUAUUCCCCAAUUUAGCAUUUGAACCAUCAACGAGUGUUGAUUUCGGAAACAUGAUGUUGAACACUGAAGAAGAAGUUUCUUUAACAAUGAAGUCAGUAUCAUCAUCACCUGUUGAAUGGUCAUGGGAACUGAUGGCUGAAAACGCUGAUAAAUCAUUGUCAAGGAUAUUCGAUGUAUUUCCAAUUAAAGGAUACAUUGAGCCAUUCCAGUCAGACACAAUUCACUUCUCUUUCUCAGCAAUUGCUUCUCAGGAAGGAGGAUCAAAGACUUACAAAGGAAAGGCUGUUUGUCAUGUAACAGGUGGUCCUGAUUACGUCAUUGAUUUGAAAGGAAAUGCUGUGGCAAUUGACUACGGAAUUUCUCCACUUUCAAUCAAUUUCGGUGACAAAUUUUACAAUGAAAAUUUGUCAAGUAAAAUCACACUUAAAAACGGAUCAGAUUUGCCAAUCAAAUACACAACUAAAGUACCAAAAUUUAACUUACUUAGCCAGCUAAGUAUCACUCCAAGUGAUGGAGUAAUUCCUGUUGAAGGAGCAUUCACUUUAACAGUUAAUUGUUUAUGUGGAAAACCAGGUAAUUUCAAUGACUAUUUCCUGAUACAAAUUGGUCAUUACGAAGAACAGAAAAUCCCUAUAAUUGUUAAUUCAUAUUUCCCUCAAUUGAUGUUGAAUAUUCCUCGCCAUGAAACUGACUACAGUUUGCAACAAAGUCCUGAAUCUCCUCCUGAAGAAUUGAUAAAUCUUGAAAGCAAAUUGGCAAUCGAAAGAGAGAAUCAGAAACUUCCUUAUUCCAACAACAAACAAGAAAGAGAAAGAUUGACAUUCCAGAAGAAGAUAUUUAGCAAAUAUCUCUUCGAUAUCGGUCAAAUAAUUGUUGGAGAUACUUUGGAGUUUCCUUUCGAUGUUAAAUCAUUAGUUCCCUUGAAUUUACCUGUUAUAGUUAAUGUUGAAUCCUUAAAGAACACUGGUUUCUACAUUAAAUCAACAAACAUAACAAUGAAACCAAAUGAAGAAAGUUCUAUCGUUAUCGGUUUUGACACUUCAAAACGUACAAAUAAUUUGACAGGAAAUGUAGAAUAUUCAAUUUAUUUAGUACUUGGAGAGAGCCAAAACCAUAUAAUAGAGAUAGUUUUGAACGCAAAGAUCGUGUUACCGAGAUUCACUUUAUCCACAAAAGUCUUCAAUUUCGAUGAAGUUAUUGUUGGUCAAUCAAAGACAAUGACUCUUCAAAUUCAAAACAUGAAUACUUUUCCAUGUGAAUUUGCUUUCCUUGAUCAGAUUGAAUCGAAUUCAAGUGCUACUUCAAAGGCAUCUACAGCAAGAAGAGUUGAAACGGCCAGAUCAAAGAAAUCAACAAAAACUGUUCAGCCAAAGAAAGAAACAAACAACGAAGAGGAAGAAGAAGAGGAAGAGAAACUAAUAAUUUACCAAACUAAGCCAAGUAAUGGUGUUUUACCUCCUUCUUCUUUCCAAAACAUCGAAAUCACUUUCACUCCUGUUGAAGGAAUCAAUUACAACUUCAAACUCCCUCUCAAGAUGAAGCACAAUCCAAAAGAUGAAAUGUUAAAACUCUUUGGAAAAGGUGUUCAAAUGAAAAUUGAGUUUGAACCUCCUUCUUUGAGUUUGCCUGCAAUUUUGCCAUUUUCUGACAGUUCGAUUUCUGAUGUAAAACUGAAGAAUAACACGAACUAUCCAAUAGAAGUGUUUUCUUAUAACUUCGACUACGAGUUAUAUGUCAAUACUUUUAUAAAGAAGAAACAAGAGUCUCAAAACAACACAGUUUCUGAUGAAGCAGUUGCAAAUGUUUCUAAAUUCUCUAUUUGUGUUAUUGUUCAUGGUCCAAGUCAAACUGGUCGAACAACUGUCUCUAAAAUGAUCUCGAAAUACUUGAAUGCUCGUGUUAUUUCUCUUACAGAGUUAUGGCAGCCAAUUAUCGAGAGACAAGAAGGAUAUGCCGCAGCGGAUUUGAUUGCAAAACUCGGAACAAGAAUCCAAGAAAGUGAUUGUAUGAAUGGUUUUGUCAUUGAUGGUUUAGAUGCUUUACAACAAAACCAAGACACAGAAAACUACAUGACACAAGUUUUGAAAGCAAAAGGUUGUUACGAUGAAUGUUUGAACAAUCCAUUCAAUAACAUUCCUCAUAACAAUCCAACAAACAUCGAAUUGGCUUUGAACUAUGUUUUGGAGUCAUUGGAUGGUCAUUAUGUUUUCUUUGUCGGCUGCAAAUGCACCAUUGAUACAAUACAGAAGAGAGCUGAAGAAGAAGAAAGACUUGAAAAGAAGAGAAUUGCAAAAGAAAGACAACAAGAGAAAAUCGCUUUGUUCAACAUGACUGAAGAAGAAUACGACAAAUUAAGUCCUGAAGAACAAGAAGAAAUAGAUAAGAAGAGAAAAGCGUUGAGAAAGAAGAUAAUUAAAGCAGAACAAGAGAAGCAACAAUCAGAAGAAAAUGAAAAAACAUCAAGAUCAAAACAUAGAUCUAAAACUUCUUCAAGAGAAAAAUCUUCGCAUGAAAAAUCAGAUAAAAAAGACGACAAACAUGAAAAAUCACGUGAGGAAAGACAUAAAAAAUCUCGCUCUAAAACUAAUGAAGAAGAAAAGAAUAUACAAUCAAAUAAAGACAUAAAAGAAACAAAACCGACUAAAAGUGACAAACCAAAAACAAACAAAAAAGGAAUUCCAUUAGAUCCAUUAGAGUUUUCUCAGAUGCUGUUCAAUAUGUCAAUUGGAUCAAUAGCUAACAAGAUAAAGAAUUCAACAGAGAACUUCCAAGCAAUUGAUCCAGCGACAUUGACAACGAAAAACAAUGAAGAAGAAGAAAAGAAGGAAUUAACAAUAGAUUUGAACAAAAACUCAACAGAUAAUUUACCAAACAACGAGCAAAAAACUGAAGAAGAAGAAAACAAUGAGCCAAAAUCAAUCAAAUCAUUGAAUUCCAUUGUUGUUUCAACAGAUUUCUCUUUGAAAGACGUUGAAAAUGAAAUUACAUCAUUUUUGCCAUCAUUAAACACCAUCAAAGAAAACGCUUUCACUUCUUUGAUUCCAGGAGCAGUUACAGGAAUGAGUAAUGACAUUGACGAGCCUCUUUCCAAAUUCAAGGAGACUUCUCCUUAUUUCUCAAUUGUUGUUGAUGAACCAUACACAGAAUUGCCUGAAGAUUUAAACUCCACUUUAACAGAACAAAGUGGAAGAACAAGUAAAUCAUUUAAGUCGAGAUCAUUGAGUAAGUCAAAGAAAUUGCAACAAACAAAUCAUGAAGACCAGGUUGAUAUAUCAAAACUCACUCCAAGAUGGAAGAUCGAUGCAAAUUCAUCAAUAACUUUGCAAAUAAAGUUCAUGCCAACAAUUCCAGGAAGUUUCAAAACAGAUCUUUACUUCGGAAUUCUCGGUUGCAAGUACGAAAUGCUCAAAGUAAAUGUUUCUGGUGCUUGCGCCGGUCCCGAUGUUGACAGAAACAUUUUGCAGAUGUUUGAAAACAAAAGUGGUUACAACAAUGAUGAAAAAGAAUAUCAGUUUGGCCCUAUUUUACUGAGUGGCAAACAGAAACAAUCCAAUCCUGUUUCUGAGAAAGUUACGCUCAAAAACAUUUCUCAGUUCCCUGCAGAAGUUCAUUGUUACUUCAGCGAAGUUAACAAACAAGUUUGGUCUGUUGAACCACAGUCAACAACAAUUCCUGCAGAAGGAACAGCAACAUUUAACGUAAUUAUAACACCACAAGCAACAGAACUCUUUAAGAAUGUUUUGCAAUUCUUUAUUAAGGACCAACCAGAACCACUUUCUAUUCCUUUCUCAGCGGAAUCAACUGUUCCUUGCAUCAAACUAUCGAAUACAAAUCUCGAUUUCGAUAAGAUAAUGAUUGGAAAGUCAAGAACAUUGAAUAUAGAACUCAAGAACACUUCAAAACUCUUCUCAUACUGGAGUUUGAAGAACUUAAACAACCUUGGAGAUAAUGUCAAAUUCUCUCAAACAGAAGGAGUAAUAAAACCUCUGAAAUCGAUGACGAUAAAAGCUACUUUUUCAGCAGCUAAAUCAACAUCGAUAAAGAAAAGUAUCAAUUUCGAAGUCUUUGAUAAAGACAAGACAAGGGCAUUUGGUACUACUCCUAUCUCUGUUUUGGGAGAAGCAUUUGAUGUUGUUUUAGAUGUACAGUUUCCGAAAGGAAUGGAUCAUCUUUGUUUCGGCAAUUUCACUCUCAGCCAAACAAAGACAAUCAAUUUGAUGCUGAAAGAUAAAGGUAAAUUCCCUGUUACUUACAAAGUGAUAAUUGACAAGAACAUCGAGCAAUUCAUCACUUGCAAUCCUCAAACAGGAACAAUCAAUCCACAAGAUAAACCAAUUCCUUUGGUAUUUUCUCUAAAAAGUGGAAAAGUCAUCUCAUUCCAGGAUGCAAAAGGAAUUAAGAUGCAGAUACAAGACACAAAUACAAAGGUAACAACAAAGACAUUACCUUUGCCUUUUACUUGUGAAACUGUUUAUUCUCAAGUUCAAAUUCAACCAAGUAAAAAAGUGACAUUUGAUUAUGUCUCUAUCGGCCAAGUUCCAACAAAACAAGUCACUCUUGUUAAUGCAGGCAAGUUUGCCUUUGACUUCGAAUUAGUUCCGAAAGCAGAAGCCAAAGAAAAAACUCCAAUUUUACCUGUAGAUUCGAAGAAAGGAAAUUUGUCAAGUUUGUUGAAACCAAAGAACAAAAAGAAUGUUCAACACGUCAUAGCAGGUAACUACGUAUUGUCUCCAAGUACAGGAACCAUCAAUCCUGGCCAAUCAUGUGUAAUUGAUGUAGAAUUCAAUGGAACAACUGCAGGAACUUUUUCAAAUACAGUUAAUGUCAAAGUUAACGAAAUUGACCCUAAUUCUCCACCUCCUGUCAUCAAUCUUCAUGGAAUUGUGGAGAUGCCGGCCUUGGAAAUUGCUGCAAGAGACAAAGUUUUCCCUGGUUUGCCUCUUUCUCUUUCUACAGAAAAAUUGAAAGAAGACAAAAAUGUUUUUUACGAAGAUUCCGGUGUUUUGAACUUUUCCGCAUUGAUGAUUCACGAGAAGUCCCAAGUACCUGUGAAUAUUAUCAACACAUCCCAUUUGCCAAUUAACGCGGAGAUAAAUUUGAAGUCUGCGAAAUCGAAAGACAAAAAUUUCCCAUUCGAAGUUUCAGAAACAAAAAUUGCUUUGGAACCAUUAGCACAAAAACAAGUUUUAAUUAGUUUCAGUCCAGUAAAUCCAGAAUCAUACACUGGCACAUUCGAAUGUGUUAUCAAAGGCGCACAAACUGAUUCCAAGCUCAAGUUCAAUGUCGAAGGAAUUGGAAGUGUUCCUAACUUUAAUAUUGUUGGAUUAGAAAAACAGAAAACAGGAUUCGUUUGCAAUUUCACACGUGUUCUCAUUGGCUACAAGAAAGAGAAAGUGAUUAAUAUCAAUAACCCAACAGCUUUACCUGUUCCAGUGACAAUACAAUACAAGAAGACACCAGAAUUCACUGUUUUCCCUGAUACAUCAUCAGAAACAAUUCCUCCAGGAGAAACUUUCCCUUUAGUUGUUUCAUUUAAACCAACUGCUGAAACUAAAUCACAAUUUGAUGUUAUUGUUGGAAUAGAGAACAAUCCGAAGUCAAAUGCAACAGUUACAGUGUUUGGUGAAGGUGCAAUUGAAGACAUUUUGUUCGAAUUUUCAAAUAACACAAAUAAUGAUGAAGAUCAACUUGAAUUCAAGAAUUGUGUUGUAGGAUCAAUGUCUCAGCAGAUGUUUGUGAUGAAGAAUGUCGGAAAUGAAGACUGCAAGUUCACGUGGACUAAUAAUACAGGAAUAACAUUUGUUCCUUCAGUCGGACACAUAAAAGCAGGAAAAUCAAAGAAAAUUAUCGCAUCGCUUUUGGCUGACCAUCCAAUCAAAUUGAUUACUCAAAAAGUGAUUUGUAAUGUUCUCAAAAUACAACUUGAUCAACACGCACCUGAUUGGGAUGAUUCGAUGAGAACGCUCAAAUACGUGAAGCGCAAUUUGCAGACGCCUGUUGAGAAAGAAAACAAUGUCAUCACUGGUUCGAAAUUGCCACCUUUGAACGCGAGAAAAGCAGCGAAAACAGCUAUGUCUGUUAAAAGAAGCAACACAAACAUUCCUCCAAUCGAAAACCAAAGUGUUGUAUCAGAUAUUGUCAAAGUAGCUGAAGUCAGAGAAGAACCACCUUUCAAACUAUUGACGCAGAAACCAAGAGAAGUGUUUAUUCACGCAGUUAUGGCUGCAGAUGUAGUCAAGUUCGCAUUGGAUACAACAGAAAUUGCAUUCAGUCCAACAAUGAUGAUGCAGUCGAGAUCAUUCGAUGUAAAGAUGACGAAUCAAUGCCAGAUCAAGUUCGAAUUCUACUGGAGAGAUGCAGAUUACCAGGCAGCAAGAACAGACUACGCAAGCCAACACAAAGCUCCAUUUGAUAUUGUUCCUAGGCAUGGUUUCAUUGAACCAGGAAGUUCUCAAAUGUUCAAAGUCAUUUUCGCUCCUGAAGAAGUCGAUGAUUUCGCUGGCCGUUUGAUCUGCGACAUUCCUUUCAACACUGGACAGAGUCCAAUCAUCAAUGUUAGUGGUUUAUCAAGGAGACCAAUCAUUUACUUCAAUGUCGAGCAGUCAGACUAUUUGUCAAGAAGAUAUCCUUCAUACAUAAAAGCUGUUCCUGCCGAAACAAGAAUUGUCGAAAUCGCUGUUUCUUCGAAUCAUGCUGGAAAGACGAACCAUUUGAAGUUCGAUGUCGUCAACACAACAUCACAACCUUACGAGUUCUCGUGGACAAAGAGUUCUACAGUUGUUGAUGGCGAAGAAUCGAAAGCAAUUGUUUGUGAAACUCCUUGUGGAAUGAUUUCUGGCGGAAAGAAGGUCGUAAUGAACUUCUCCUUCACGCCUGGACAACAGAGAACUGUAGAAGCAAAUUAUGAAUUCUUAAUCCCUUCAUUAGGAGUAAGAGUUCCUUUCUUAGUUGUAGGAAGAAUCGUUCAAUAA